AUGGCAAUGAUUCCCAGUCAGCUGGGAACAAUGACUCAGUCGUGGAUAUCAGGAUCCGCUAACAUCAGUCCUGGUUCCAAAGUCCAUCUUAAGAAAUCCCACACGUCCGAGGACAACGUAACCACAACAACCCGCGCCCCCGACAACAGUAGGCUCACCUUUCAGUUCAUCUGGUAUGCAAAUGCCAACCUGUUUCCCAUUACAACGAGUCACCAUGACGACCCAGUGCUGAGAGGGAAGACCUGGGUGGUGAUCUCCGCUGUACUGUCAGUGUCACUGUCUGAGCCAGUGUCCAACCUGUCUGAGCCCAUAGAGAUCGUGUUUGAGAUCCCGCCCACUGACAGCAAGCUCACUGCUGCCUACUGGGAUUAUACUGCCAACGGUGGCAAUUGGGACUGGCGUACAGAUGGCUGCAGCAUUGUUGAGAGGCGUCCCAUGCUGGCUACAGUCCACUGUGACCACCUCACAGCCUUCGAAGUUCUCAAGGUAACCAUGUACUUGUAG